AUGGGAUCUGUUGGAGCUCAGAUCGUAUGUGUGGCCCUCGGGGUCCUCGGCCUGAUCGGGGCCAUCGUAUGCUGCGUUGUCCCUCGCUGGAAGGUCUCCUCUUUCACAGGAUCCAACAUUGUGACUGCACAGAGCAGUCAGGAGGGCCUGUGGAUGACCUGCGUGGUGCAGAGUACUGGCCAGCAGCAGUGCAAGAACUACGAAUCCCUGCUGGUGUUGUCCUCUGACCUGCAGGCCGCCCGUGCCAUGACCAUCAUCAGCUGCAUGCUCAGCUGCCUCAGCCUCCUCAUCCUGUUCUGCGGGGCCGACUUCACCACCUGCGUGGAGAACGAAGACGCCAAGCCCAAGAUCAGCCUGGUGGCCGGGGUGGGCCUGCUGCUGGCCGGCCUCCUGGUGAUCAUCCCCGUCAGCUGGUCUGCACACAUUGUUGUGCGAAACUUCAACAAUCCCCUGGUGGCUUCCUCCCAGAAGAGGGAGCUGGGAGCGUGUAUCUUUGUGGGCUGGGGGGCCGGCGUGCUGCUCCUUCUGGGUGGAGGUCUGCUCUGCUGCUUCAGCAGGCCCAACUCCGGCAGCUCAGGGGGAACCGCCAAGUACUACAGCAACAGCGCCUCUGCCCCUAACAAAAACUACGUGUAG